AUGAUGGGUCCGAAUGAAGCAACUCUGUCUGACCACGCGGUCAUUCUGAGCAACUUAGCACAAAGUCAAUCUGCCGGUUCUAAUCGAUUUGCACAUUUUAUCGCCACGCAAGUACAUGGAGCUCCUGUCAGAGAAGGAUCUUCAUCUGGUUCUUGCCGCCUCCGCGCCUUGUCUGAUCGGUUUGCCAACAACGAGUCGCUCGAGGCUGUCGCAAAUGCCUCAUCACCGCCAAUUGCUCCUGAUAACGCGGCGCCUCGACAGGAACCACGAGAUGUGGGUAAAAGUGCUGAAAGCACAAUCAAUGUGGAUGACGAGAGCGGCGAGGACUCGGACAGCGGUGAAUCUUUCGCUUUUGCGGAUUGCAAACUGGUCUUCAACUUGGCCGAUUAUUUGCCAGAACGCGGUUACACCAAGGUUCCGCCAAAUCAGCACGUCUUUAAGGGUGCCGAAGUGGGAUUCGUGUAUGAAAUGCGAUCAUUCGUCGACCGGAGACGUCUUCAAGGGCCUUUUGUGCGUCGGUGUGCGAUGGAUCAAGACAUCCAGCGUCAUCGGGAGGGGCGACGCAAUGGAGCAGUCGGUGAUCUAGAGGUAAUCGACUGCGAUCUGUCAUCGUCGUCGUCGCCGUCUUCCUGCGGCGAAGCGAAGAUAGCGGAGAAGCCGGCAACCUCUAAGGCCAGCAGCGCACAUCAGACGGAGGAGGAGGAGGAGGCAGAUACGCUCCAAACAACAGCCAGUGCUCCCCCUUGA